AUGACAGCAGUUACUAAUAAAUUAGCUAAAUAUAACAAGCUCGUUGUACCAAUUGGUAUUGUAUUUGGUUUAGCAUAUUUAAAUUUUGCAUUAAAUUAUUCCUUGGGCUAUAAAGAAGUUUAUAAACAUCAUUCAAAUUCAAUUGCUAUUAUACUUUGGUGUUUAAGUGGAUUUUGUCAAAUUUGCAUUUUUGUUUAUUGGUUCCUAAUUUUAUAUGUUGGCCCUGGCAAAUCUCCAAAAUUUCCACAACUCAACUUAUAUAACAAUACAGAUUCAGUUGAUGAAUUAUUGCCAGUGCCUGAUGUAUUUCUUUGCGAUGAAUUUGGGUUUCCUCAAUAUGACUCCCAUACUCAAUCAAUAAAAACAGACAGAUCAUUUUAUUCAAAAAAUUUGGAGUACAUUGUUCUAAAAUAUGAUCAUCAUUGUUUAUGGGUCGGUAAAAGUAUUGGAUUAACUAAUUAUGUAUAUUUUAUGAAGUUCUGCUUCUGGUUUUUAAGUUUGUUUAUCAUCAUGUUAAUCUAUACUGCGUGUUACACUAGAUCAUCAAUCUCAAGAGGUGAAAUUAAUCAUAAUUUUAUUAUCAUGUAUAUCGCAUGUGGGCUAUGGUUACCCAUGAUUUUAGCUUUAUACAUAUCUCACUUAAGAUAUAUUUGCUUAAACAUGACUACAUUGGAUGAUAUAACAUUGGGUCAAAGAAAACGUUAUGAAAGGUAUAAAGAAAGAAGACAAUCAGAAACUACUAAUCCUUGUCUAAAUCCUAGAAAACCAAGGAAAGAGAAAGGCAUUAGGUAUGUUAGUGUGAAAAAGGACAAUUUUAGAUUGAUUGUAAAAUAUGAUAUUAAAGAACGACCUUUUGACAUGGGUUGGAGAAGAAAUUGGAUAAACUUGAUGUUUAACGGGAAUAGAAAUCAUGGAAGAUCAGAUAGUUACUACACAAACACAAAAUUAAUACUUUCUAUAAUCCUAUUUUUGUGUCCAUUCAUAGAAAUACCAGUUGAGAUGAGGUAUAGACAAAGACAGAGCCAUCAAUUUGAUGUUGAAAAUUAUCCUAAAUCUAUAGAGAGAACCAUUGCUGAAUAUGAUUGGUUUUCAAGUAAGUACAAUUCUGCGUUUUUGACGAGGAUUCAAACAAAAGUUGAUGAAAAAGACUGUUAUAUACCUAGUUAUCUAGUCGGGAAAGAGUUAUAG